AUGGCUAGAUGGUCUUUCAAAGAAGCUUUGCGAUUAGUUUUUCUUGUGAUCGUAGUCCUCCAAAUAAACUUCCUUUCAACAGAGGUGGUAGCUCAAGAAACAGCAAAAAUCUCCACUUCAUGGAGAAACAAUAACCAUUCUGUAGCCAAUGUUACCAGAGCCUUACUUUAUCCUUACUAUACUUUCAAUGAUUCAUCAGGGCCUUUUAUGCAAAUUAUUUUGUUAAAAGAGAUAAGGCCCCGGGUUGGUUAUGCUUGUGGUUUUGUCUCAAAUGGAACAGACGAUUCUUUUGUUUUCUCCAUCGGAAUCGUGCACUAUCGUACAGAUUUCGUUGGGGUUCAUUAUUGGUCUGAUCUUGAUGUAGUUUGGUUUGCAAACAGAAACAAACCUAUCCGUGAGAAUGGAACUCUACAGUUCCUCCCAGAUGGAAAUUUGAUCUUGAAAGAUGCAGAUGGAACUCUUGUAUGGUCUACCAGUACAUCUAAUAAGGGUGUUGUGGGCAUGAAGGUGAUGGAAACCGGUAAUCUGGUGCUUCAUGAUGGGAACAAUCAAACUGUUUGGCAGUCUUUUGAUCAUCCAACAGAUACACUUCUUCCAGGGCAGAAACUGGUGGAUGGUCAAACUCUUGUGGCUAGAUUAUCUGAAACUAGUUGGAACGAGGGCAAUUACUAUCUUUUGGUAAACCAUCAAGGUCUAUUUGCAUUUUACAAGUCUAACUCCCCGCAGAUGUACUUCAAUUUUUUUAUUCGUGGAGAAAGGGAAAGCAUUGAAACAAGCUAUGUUAAAGCAGUAAAUGGUACGCUUGCUCUAUACAUAUCUUCAGCUGAGCCAAAUGAACCAGACGCAGUGUUUUCAAAACCAUCCAGCAUGAAAUAUAUCAGAUAUGAUUAUGAUGGCCAUUUCAGAGUUUAUAAUGAGGAAAAUGGACCUGUUGAUCUCUUGGCAGAUUUUCUGAGCGAAUGUGAUUAUCCAACCGUUUGUGGCAGUUUGGCUCUAUGCUCGGGGGGGCAGUGCUCUUGUCCGUCAGGCUUUGAAAGAAGUGACAACCAAAACAACAGUGGCUGUGUGGAGAUAAAUCCCACAAAAUGUGAUGGUCCCCGUUCUCAUGGACUACUACAUCUUACAGAUGUAUAUUACUUCAAUUAUGUUGAUUUUGAUGCUGCAGUCUUGAAAGCGACAGAUAUUGAGAGCUGCAGGUGGUUAUGCUUGAGAAACUGCUCAUGCAAAGCAGUUCUCUUUCAGCAUUUUUUCAGUAACUUUUCGAGGGGAAACUGCUUCUUACCCUCCCCUGUUCUUUCACUAAUAAGUGAUGGAAAGCAAAGAAAUGAUUUUGAAUCAUCAGCAUUCAUCAAAAUUUCCAAUGACAUGUCAAAUACAUCGGGAUCUUCUGCAUCGUCCAAACGAAAAGGAAUUAUAGCUGGAUUGACUGCAGGAAUUUUCUGUUUGUCAGUAGUAAUCCUUGGCAUCUGCAUUGUGCGUAGGAAGAAGCAAAGUACUGAGGAAGACGUUGAGACUUACUGGGAACAGCUAUCUGGAAUGCCCGUGAGAUUUUCUUUUCAGGAGCUACAGGAUGCAACUGGAAAUUUCUCAAAAUUGCUGGGAGAAGGAGGAUUCGGCUCAGUUUUUGAAGGAGUUUUGAAAAAUGAAGAGAAAAUUGCCGUGAAGCAACUCAACAGUUUAGGGCAAGGGAAGAAGGAGUUCCUGGCUGAGGUCCAGACAAUUGGAAGCAUCCAUCAUAUCAAUCUUGUGAGACUGAUUGGAUUUUGUGUUGAAAACCAUCAUAGACUUUUAGUCUAUGAAUUUAUGAACAAUGGAUCACUUGACAAAUGGAUUUUUAGCAAGGAUUCUGUUCAACCUACUCUUGUCUGGCUGACAAGAAGGAAUAUCAUCCAUGAUAUAGCAAAAGGUCUGGCUUACCUUCAUGAAGAAUGCAGACAAAAAAUAGUCCAUCUAGAUAUCAAACCUCAGAACAUCCUGUUAGAUGAAAAUUUAUGUGCAAAGGUUUCUGAUUUUGGCUUGUCCAAGUCCAUUGAUAAGGAUCAGAAUCAAAUUGUGACUACAUUGAGGGGAACUCCAGGUUAUCUGGCACCAGAAUGGUUGAGCUCAUUUAUCACAGAAAAGGCAGAUGUCUAUAGUUUUGGAGUUGUUGUAAUGGAGAUCAUAUGUUUAAGGAAGAAUUUUGAUAUGUCAGAAUCUGAGGAUCGUGUACAUUUGCUUGAUCUGUUUAGGAGAAAGGACGAGGAAGAUAGGCUGAUUGAUAUGAUUGAAAGUAACGAUGAAGAUACUCGACUAAAUAUUUCAGACAUGAUUAGAACAAUGAAGCUUGCACUAUGGUGUUUACGAAGUGAUUUUACCCAGAGGCCAUCUAUGUCUGCUGUAGUUAAGGUCAUGGAGGGUACACUGGACCCCGAAAUUAACUUGGAACAUCAAACCUUGGACUUUAAUCCACUUGCAGCCAUCAGAAGAAAGUCUGAAUUUGAAACAACAGUAUCAGUUCCACCAUCAGUACUAUCAGGACCAAGGUGAACAAAAAAUGUUGCUUCAUCUGUUGCUUUACUUGGUUGCCUUUCUUUUCAUGUUAGUUCGUAAACGUCUAUUUCUUUGUUCUCCUUACCAUGUCGUUGACGAUUUAUAUUAUGUUAAUUGAGGUAAAGUACAACUUGUGAGAGUAAUGUAAAGUAUGUACA